AUGCAGAAGGGCAUCCGGCUCAACGACGGCCACGUCGCGUCCCUGGGGCUGCUGGCGCGCAAGGACGGCACGCGCAGGGGCUACCUGAGCAAGCGCAGCUCGGACAACACAAAAUGGCAAACCAAGUGGUUCGCGCUGCUGCAGAACCUGCUCUUCUACUUCGAGAGCGACUCGAGCUCGCGGCCCUCCGGCCUCUACCUGCUGGAGGGCUGCGCCUGCGACCGCGCGCCCUCGCCCAAGCCGGCGCCCUCCGCCAGGGAGCCGCUGGAGAAGCAGCACUACUUCACCGUCACCUUCAGCCACGAGAACCAGAGGGCGCUGGAGCUGCGGACGGAGGAUGCCAAGGACUGCGACGAGUGGGUGGCGGCCAUCGCCCACGCCAGCUACCGGACACUGGCCACGGAGCACGAGGCGCUGAUGCAGAAGUACCUGCACCUGCUGCAGAUCGUGGAGACGGAGAAGACGGUGGCCAAGCAGCUGCGGCGGCAGAUCGAGGACGGGGAGGUGGAGAUCGAGCGGCUGAAGGCAGAGAUCGCGGCCCUGCUCAGGGACAAUGAACGCGUCCAGUCCACCCAGAUCGUCACCCCCAACGAUGAAGACAGUGAUCUCAAGAAGAUUAAGAAGGUGCAGAGCUUCCUGCGGGGCUGGCUGUGCCGCCGCAAGUGGAAGAGCAUCAUCCAGGACUACAUCCGCUCGCCGCACGCCGACAGCAUGCGCAAGCGCAACCAGGUGGUGUUCAGCAUGCUGGAGGCCGAGGCCGAGUACGUGCAGCAGCUGCACAUCCUGGUCAACAACUUCCUGCGGCCGCUGCGCAUGGCCGCCAGCUCCAAGAAGCCGCCCAUCACCCACGACGACGUCAGCAGCAUCUUCCUGAACAGCGAGACCAUCAUGUUCCUGCACCAGAUCUUCUACCAGGGCCUGAAGGCACGCAUCUCCAGCUGGCCCACGCUGGUGCUGGCUGACCUGUUCGACAUCCUGCUGCCCAUGCUCAACAUCUACCAGGAGUUCGUGCGCAACCACCAGUACAGCCUGCAGAUCCUGGCGCACUGCAAGCAGAACCGCGACUUCGACAAGCUGCUGAAGCACUACGAGGCCAAGCCCGACUGCGAGGAGCGCACGCUGGAGACCUUCCUCACCUACCCCAUGUUCCAGAUCCCCAGGUACAUCCUCACGCUGCACGAGCUGCUGGCCCACACGCCGCACGAGCACGUGGAGCGGAACAGCCUGGACUACGCCAAGUCCAAGCUGGAGGAGCUGUCCCGGAUCAUGCAUGACGAGGUCAGCGAGACCGAGAACAUCCGGAAGAACCUGGCCAUCGAGCGCAUGAUCAUCGAGGGCUGCGAGAUCCUCCUGGACACCAGCCAGACCUUCGUGAGACAGGGCUCCCUCAUCCAGGUGCCCAUGUCGGAGAAGGGCAAGAUCACCAGGGGCCGCCUGGGCUCCCUGUCCCUGCGCAAGGAGGGCGAGCGCCAGUGCUUCCUCUUCUCCAAGCACCUCAUCAUCUGCACCCGCGGCUCGGGCGGGAAGCUCCACCUGACCAAGAACGGGGUCGUGUCCCUCAUCGACUGCACCCUGCUCGAGGACCCUGAGAGCACCGAGGACGAAGCCAAAGGGUCUGGUCAAGAUGUCGACCACUUGGAUUUUAAGAUCGGGGUGGAGCCGAAGGACUCCCCGCCCUUCACAGUCAUCCUCGUGGCCUCGUCCAGACAGGAGAAGGCGGCGUGGACCAGCGACAUCAGCCAGUGCGUGGACAACAUCCGCUGCAACGGGCUGAUGAUGAACGCCUUCGAGGAGAACUCCAAGGUCACGGUGCCCCAGAUGAUCAAGUCAGACGCCUCCCUGUACUGCGACGACGUGGACAUCCGCUUCAGCAAGACCAUGAACUCCUGCAAGGUGCUGCAGAUCCGCUAUGCCAGCGUGGAGCGGCUGCUGGAGCGGCUGACCGACCUCCGCUUCCUGAGCAUCGACUUCCUCAACACCUUCCUGCACUCCUACCGCGUCUUCACCUCGGCCGCCGUGGUGCUGGACAAGCUCGUCGCCAUCUACCGCCGCCCCAUCAGCGCCAUCCCCGCCAGGUCACUGGAGCUCCUGUUCGCCAGCGGCCAGAACAACAAGCUCCUGUACGGGGAGCCCCCCAAGUCCCCACGCGCCACGCGCAAGUUCUCCUCGCCGCCACCCCUGUCCAUCGGCAAGACGUCCUCCCCCAGCCGCCGGCGGAAGCUCUCGCUGAACAUCCCCAUCAUCACGGGCGGGAAGGCCCUGGACCUGGCGGCCCUGGGCUGCAGCCCCAACGGCUACACCAGCGUGUACUCGGCCAUAUCGCCCUUCAGCAAGGCCGCGCUGGACCCUGGCAAGCUCUACGUGUCCAGCAGCCUCGCCAGCAAGGUUCCGGACGAGGGCGAGGCGGCUGCUGAGAGGCCCGACGACCCCUCGACUCUCAGCAAGCAGAGCUCGGAAGUCUCCGUGAGGGAGGAGUCGGACAACGAGCAGGCCCCGAGCGACGAGGCCGAGGCGGAGGCCUCGCCCACCAAGUCCCCCACAUCGCCCAGAUCGCUGAAGGGCAAGAGCUCAGAGUUCCCGCUCUUUUCCUACAACAACGGCGUCGUCAUGACGUCCUGCCGGGAGCUGGACAGCAGCCGCAGCGCCCUGUCGGCGGCCUCGGCCUUUGCCAUCGCCACGGCGGGGGCCAACGAGAGCACCCCCAACAAGGAGAAGUACCGGCGGAUGUCCUUGGCCAGCGCAGGGUUCCCCCCCGACCAGAGGAACGGAGACAAGGAGUUUGUGAUCCGCAGAGCCGCCACCAACCGCGUCCUGAACGUGCUGCGGCACUGGGUGUCCAAGCACGCCCAGGACUUCGAGGCCAAUGCCGAGCUCCAGGGCAAGGUGAUCGGCUUCCUGGAGGAGGUGAUGCGGGACCCGGAGCUGCUGACCCAGGAGCGGAAGGCCGCGGCCAACAUCAUCAGGACGCUGACCCAGGAGGACCCGGGUGACAACCAGAUCACGCUGGAAGAGAUCACACAGCUGGCGGACGGUGUGAAGGCCGAGCCCUUCGAGAGCCUUUCUGCGCUGGAGAUCGCCGAGCAGCUGACCCUGCUGGACCACCUGGUCUUCAGAAAGAUCCCCUACGAGGAGUUCUUCGGACAAGGCUGGAUGAAGCUGGAGAAGAACGAGAAGGCCCCGUGCAUCAUGAAGACCACCAAGCACUUCAACGACAUCAGCAACCUGAUUGCCUCCGAGAUCAUCCGCAACGAGGACCCCGGCGCGCGGGCGAGCGCCAUCGAGAAGUGGGUGGCGGUGGCGGACAUCUGCCGCUGCCUGCACAACUACAACGCGGUGCUGGAGAUCACGUCCUCCAUGAACCGCAGCGCCAUCUUCCGGCUCAAGAAGACCUGGCUCAAGGUGUCCAAGCAGACGAAAGCUCUGAUUGACAAGCUCCAGAAGCUUGUGUCCUCCGAGGGCAGAUUUAAGAACCUCAGAGAAGCCCUGAAAAACUGCGACCCCCCCUGUGUCCCGUACCUGGGCAUGUACCUCACAGACCUGGCCUUCAUCGAGGAGGGGACCCCCAACUACACGGAGGACGGCCUGGUGAACUUCUCCAAGAUGAGAAUGAUUUCCCACAUCAUCCGGGAGAUCCGCCAGUUCCAGCAAACCGCCUACAAGAUCGAGCACCAGGCGAAGGUGACCCAGUACCUGCUGGACCAGUCGGCGGUCAUGGACGAGGAGCGGCUGUACGAGUCCUCCCUGCGGGUGGAGCCCAAGCUCCCCACCUGAGCAGCCGGCGCCUGUACCUGCGGCGCGGCCGCCCCGCGCUUCUCCAGA